AGGCAAGUAGAGGCCGGAAGUCCCGCCCUCGGCCCCUCCGCUCCCUCCUGGGCGUGUCUCUCUCCUCAGAAAACUCUCCUCAGAAAAUGUCGGCGCUGCAACUGAACUUGGGGCCCGCGAAGGAGCCUUUGGGUUUCAUCAAGAUUCUGCAAUGGAUUUUCUCUAUCUUUGCCUUUGCUACUUGUGGAGGUUACAGUGGAAAAACAGCCAUUUUCCUCACCUGUCCUGCUAACAAAAACGAGACUUUGGAAGCUGAUUUUGCCUACCCUUUCAGGUUGCACAAGGCUACUUUUGAGCAUUUGGAUACAUCAAAAUGCAACACGACAUGGAACACGGUCCACCUGGUGGGAGACUUCUCCUCUUCAGCACAGUUUUUUGUCACCUUUGCAGUCUUGGUAUUCCUGUACUGCAUGGGUGCUUUGGUGCUGUAUUUGGGCUACCUGCAUUUAUAUCGCGGUGCUGGCAAACUACCAAUGAUUGACUUUGUUAUCACAGUGGUAAUUUCUUUCCUCUGGCUGGUGAGUACAUCAGCUUGGGCAAAGGCCCUCACAGACAUCAAAACGUCAACUGGCGAAAACCUGGUGUCCGAGAUUGAGGUUUGCAAAACCAACCCCCAAUUAUGUCACUUCAAAGAAAUACGAAGCCUGGGGUCUUUGAAUGUCUCAGUGGUCAUUGGUUUCCUCAACUUGAUCUUGUGGGCAGGAAAUGCUUGGUUUGUCUACAAGGAAACCAGUUUUCAUAGCCCUCCAGCAGCUUCUCCUCCAAACCCAACCAGCGUCUCAUCUCCUUCAGGGAUGUAAGGAGCACAGAAAGCCCCCUGGUAUGGAGCGUCAUCUUUCACCGCAGGAUGGUCACUGCAGCAGCCCUGCCCCACCCCACAUUUAUGCACUUGAUGUGUGGAAACAGAUGGGUUUCCUUUUUUAUCCUCCCCCCUCCCCUCCCUUUUUUGUUGCUCUAAUGCCUUGUAAGAGGAAAGAAUUGAGAUCUCCUCUCUGCUCUGUAUUCAUGCAAGAGGGCCGUUCUACUGUAUUGAAGCUUAUUCUGUGUAUUGAAAAGGCAAACAAGGGUUUCUUGAGUAAAAGUGUUACAGAACCAGAAACCUCCUGUGGCUGGCUUUGUCAGCUGGUGCAGGUCAAUCUACAUUUUGGAGCUGGAGCAGAGUUGCACGGUUAUGCAUGUGAUCCUGUUCACUCAGAAAGCAAACUCACUGAUUCAGUGGGUUUUCCUCCCAAAUAAAUGUGAUUAGGAUUGCAGCCUUGGUCUCACCCAGACAAGUGCCUUGUCUGGUUUGCAAUCAGGAAUUUUAUGUAAUGCUCACAGAUGAAUAAGUAACACUAUUCUCUGAUAUUCUGCUUGACACAUUCUGUGUAUUUGAAACUUAAUCAGAUCUUACAUAAUUCUAAGAAGAUGUAGAGAGGUUGAACGUCUUGUGCUAUACGUAGUCCAUACUGUGCUUGAUGUUGGUUAUAGCCAGGAGCUCUGGGAGUUUGUAUUGGAUGUAGACUCCCAACUACUUGAAUAGAAUGCUCACCUUCAGAUUAGCAUUCCUUAUAGAGACUGAUAGAAGCUGCUUCCACACAGCCAUUUAAUCCAAAGCAGAAGAUCCGCUGUACAUGUAGAGUGUUUAUACAGGAACUACAAAAAAGAAAAGAUGAAAAACAGUUAGUACAUCUGCUAUGGAUGUCCACAGAUUUUUGGCCUGCAUUUCCCAUCAGCCCUAGACAGAAUUCCCAGUGGGAAGGACCAUAGGAGUUAUAUUCCAAAAACAUAAGGAAAGGUGAUAUAUUUGAGCAUAAAGCUCACCUUCUCUCCUUGGCCCCAAGAUCGCAUUAAAUUCUAAUCCCUUUGGCCUUUUCUGCAAAUGGUCAUGCAAACUAACUGAACUUAUGCUUUCAGAUUAAUGCAUACAAAUGCACUUGAAAAGGUCACCAAAUAAGUGGUACCUUAUCUGAAAUGUUACAGAGCCUGGGAAGAAUCCUAGAAAUACUGGUAGAGUAACAUGUUUCUGCGGGGACUACAUCGUGCAACAUUCUCAGACCUCCUGAUUAUGACAAGCUGGCUCUAAAAUCAUUCAUGUUCUUUGAUUUGUGCAUGUGUAAUAGAUUUUGCACACUCUCAUUCUCUAGAAUUGGUUUUGAUUAUUUUAAAAGACGUAAUCAUAGCAGGCAUGCUUACAGAUGCCAAAACCAAAAGGCAGUCUCUGAAAAUCUGCACUGUCCUAAGAAAUUAAGUUAUAUCUUAUAUGGCUAGCGUUACUUUUUAUUAUCAGCACUAAAAAUAUCCUACACAAUUACACUUUUUUGCCAAAAUAUUCUGAAAAAGCGGCAAUGAAAAAGAGAUCAGAAUAAAACAAGCAUGUUGAGUAUGCCCAUAAAAACUGGUUGUUUUUUUUUUGUUUUUUUGCAUUAUUGUAAUUUAAAAUAUAUAUAAUUUAUUGUCAAAUCAACCAUGAGAAAAGCGAAUAUGCCAAUUUCUUUAGGUCAGUAUAGACAACUGUGGCUGUUUACAUCGUGGUUCAACUAUUUUUGAACUGUAGUUUCCAUACUUCCUGAAUAUCAGGACUGAUGUACAAGAAAAAUAUCUGGAAGAUAACAUUUGCUAACCCUUCCUAUGAGUGAUCUGUGUUAUAUUCCCUCCUCAUAUAUAAACUCUUGUUAUAGUUCAAGAAAGAAAGUUGGAGCUAUCUCCUAAACAGAAGUGUGAAAGUCAUUUUUGAUUAGGUGAAUAAUUUGAACGUUUUCUUUGCUGUUCUCAAGAGGCCUUUCAGAUUACCCAAUUAUGGCACUAUGAUUCUACUUUAACUGCUAUAGUGGCAUUCUAUGGAAUUAGCAAUUAGGAAGAAGAAUUUAGAAUUGCCAGCCAGAGAAUUCUGGUACCUCCCUAAACUACAAAAUUCCAUAGGAUGUAGUCAUUGUAAUGGAAUCAAAAGUGCUAAAAAAAUUAGUGUGAAAGGGUCUCAGGUUUGUUCUGUGAGUCAGGAAGUUUUCAGAGUGUGUGCAGCAGAUUUCCUCCCAUUGUCAUGUAUGCUAAGGAACUUCGAUAUGUUGCAGUGGAUUUUGGAUCACAUUCCUGAACAAACCCUUGGCUACUUCAGGGGCUUAUCAAGAUCUUUUGGGGGCUAACCAGUAACCUGUGUGCACUGAGAAUGCAGCCUGGAACAAGAGAUAUCACCACAUUUAUAACAUCUGUUUUGUUUCUAAUUAGAGCUAUAGCAUCCAUAACUUGCAGUCAGGGCUUAUGAGAAUGGAACCAGAUCUGGAAGAACUAAAAUAAAUUCCUUUUAUUCUACAUGUGCAAGUCCCAGGGAGGUCAAAUAUUAAGGGGGGGGGGGCAGGGGAACUAUAGUUUCCAUGUUGGCUGGAGGAUUCUGAGUGUCAUUUUCCAAAGCACUGCUGUAGGUCAGAGAUUCUCAGCAGACUCUGAAACAAGCAUGCCUUUUGUUGUUCCUUUUAUUAUUAUUUCUUAAAGAACCAGAAACCCUUACACAGGAACCAGUAAUCUACUGCUAAAACUCAAAUUGCUUGCCACCCAUUCCUCUCAUAUUAACAUAAUGGACAGAAGAAAAUCUGUCAUUGUCAGGAAAACUUAUUUGCUUUGAGAGAUUUCCUAAACACUCCCAAAGCUUUGCAAAACUUCUGUUUGCUUCAAAAGACUGGUUAAAAUACUGUGGGGGGGGGGGGGGCAAAUGGUGGAAGGUGUGUUGCUUUUGGUUUUGGAAUGUAGUUUUUAAUUGACUUGCUUUUAUAUACUUGCAGAAUAUAAUUUUUUUGUAGGAAAACAUACCAAACCUGAAUGCAUGUUUGAUGUCUAGAAUCCUUUUUUUUUUUUUUUGUUCCAGUGGAGUAGACCCUUUGAAAUCAAUGGAAAUUUAGACAGUGAUCAACAAGUUUCAUUCAUUCCAAUAGAAAUAUAAUAGAAGGACUAAAACAGAUUUAACCUUUAGUUCACAGUUUACAUUAUAUUUUUGGCUUCUGUAAUUCUACAUACUUUUCUCCGCUGUGAAUUAAACCAAUCUUCCCCCACACAUUUUUUAGAUAAAGAUCUUAUGUAAAUAUCUCUGUUGGUGAUCUUUUCCAGAAAACCUUAUAUUAUGGUCUGACUAUAUAGAAACACACACAUAAAUGUAAAAGUACAGAUAUUAUCUGAGAGUUAAUACCUUUAUAAAAAAUAAGUGAAUAUAAAGGAGAAUAAUUAUUACACCGCCAUCAAACCAGUAGUGCCAUAUGUUAUUCCCAAAUGUACUGUAUUGCUUCAAAAAGGAAUAAAAAUUGACAAUUUCCUAAUAAAUUGUCACAUAUUGAUUCCAGAUUAAGCAUUGUGUCCCAGAUCUUAUAUGAACCGAUCUAAUAAAGUAGUCAUUUCCCCCCUAAUGUGUAGCCUAUCGAUGCUAUUAGUAUUUUGUAAUCUUGCUGUACUGCAGCACAAAUACUAGUCAGGUUUGAAUUGAAUUUGUUGACUGCUUGCAAAAAACCCCCCAGUUAUUCAGAAAGAUACCCAGUUUUAUACACUUAAAGCGUUCAUCUCAGCUUAAACAUUACUAGUCCAGAAGUACAAGCAGUACCAACCACAUGAUACUUCACUGAGCACUUCGUUCAUAAAUUUCUAAGAGGAAGCUAUCUAUUUUUUUCUAGUGUGUGUUAUAUGCUUCAAAUAAGUUGAACUAACAAUUGAUCCAUAACACUAAGCACCUUGUGUAAAGUUGAAAGAAAGCCUUAAUAUUCUCCAUUAUUUUAAAGCUUUAACCUCAACAUGUUCUGAAAUCUGCAUGGUGCUUAGUGCUAAAGAAUGCAGAAUGUGACCUCAGAGACAGACUCUUAAGUAUCUCAGCCUUAAUUUCAAACAUACAAGCUUCUAUUCCUCCUCACUGUCAUGCUGCUUUCCUGCUUGCUGCUUACUCCAGGAGUAUAAGUGAAAUGCAUGGCUGAAUACAAGCAAGUAUGCCUUACAAAGAUGCUUCUUAGAGCUCUGUGAAUCAUUCAGGCUUCUCCAGUUUCAUGUUUUGAAUAAUACUUCCCUGCUUUCUCUCAGGGCUGAAUUAAAGCCACUUUGGGGGCUAUCUCAAUCCAUACAGCCUACUCAGUCCACCAUUAUCUGGAAUGCAUGUGCAAGUAAAAAUUUCCCAGAUGGAGACAGCAAGCAAAUUAUUUCCCUUUUCUUAGAUUUUUUAAAAAAACAACCUUGAUCUAUAAGCAUUUAUAGCGGAGCUUUCCAAACUGUGUGUUGUGAUAUGUUAGUGUGUCACAUGAAUGCAACAAGAAAGACACAAAUCUUGGAAAUGUAUGGUAUUAUCUUACAAAUCAUAUACUUUAGAAAAUAUAAAGGAAAGAUUUUCACGAGAUAUGUAGUGUCUUCAUACAUUUUGUUAUUACAAUUUAUGUAUGUAUUUGUAUUGCUUAUGAGGAGUUGGUUUAACUUCCGAUUUGUUAGUAAAACUAAAUUACUGAGUCACGAAAUGAUGUGUGUCUAAAAAGCAUGUCACCAACAUAUGUUUGGAAAGCUCUGUUUUGUAGAAUUGACUUUCUCACACAAAUGUCUCAGGUAAAAGUAGAAGGGAUGUUUAACUGUUGGUCCUCCGAAUAAUUUUGGACUGUGACUGUACUAUCUCUUACCAUCAAUCAUGCUGGAUAGAAGCACUUAUAGAUACUGUAAUCCAAAAUGAGAAUACUCAUGCUUUCGCAUUCUGGGUAGAGCCUGAUAAUGGUGCAUGGAUUCCCGAUAUUCUUCCAGGCUCCAUUUUUAGGACUGGCAGUAUGACAUUCCAGAUGUGGGAACUGAUCCUUAGAUAAAGAAAUCACUUGGCUUUUUUGAAUGAACUAGAGGAUAACAUGUGGCAUUCUACAGAUGUUACACAUCCCUCACAUUUCCACAGUUUUUUUGAUAGGGGUGACAAAAAACAGUGUGGGAGGAAACUAAAAUACCAUAUAUUUCCCUGAUUGUAAGGUGUACUAUUUUCCUGUUUUUAGGGGCUCCAAAAAUGGGAUGCACCUUAAAAUCGAUGAUGCAUUCGAUUUUUAGAUUUCUUUUCUUUUUACAUUGUCUUUCCUUCAAAAAAGGAGAAGGAAGGGCCCCAGACCCCAAAUUGCUCCAGUUUUAGGGUUUUUUAAAAUAUUGUUUUAUCUCUGAGAGAGGAGGAAGGCUCCAAGCCCCAACAUCUCAGCCAGCCUUCACCAUUUUGCAUCUUUCAUUCAGUGGUGCCAUAGAUUUAAUGAAAUUCGGUGAUUCUCUUCCACCUACUUAGCUUCACAUAUGUGCAUUUAGUCUGGAGGACCUAAGAGAUGGCUGUAUGGAUUGAGAGAAAUAAAGUGGUCAUGUAGGUAACCCCCUCAAAUCCAUCUUGAGCUCUUGUAUAGACAUUUAAACACUGGAAGCUUUUAAAGCUGAAAAACUAUGCAAAUGUUUGCAAAUAAUGCUUUUGAAUUUCUUAUUAAAGCAGAAUGCAAGAAUGUUUUGAGGGUGGGGCGUGGUGUUGAAAUAGAAAUAUAGCUAAUGUUUUCUCUCCUGAAAUUAUAUAUUAACAUGACACCUCACUAUUUGCUUACUUGUGAUAUUAGAUCUCUCCUAAAUCAUUCCCUUCCCAUAGUUAGCGUAAGGAAAUGCACUUUUUUUCUUUUUAAGAAAAUUGGCUGUCUCAUCUAAACCAUUGAUCAGUGAGCUUCAUAUGCAAGUAUGGAAUUUUAUUCCUGUGGUAUAUCCACACUCCAUUAUUACAGCAGUUUGAUACCACUUUAAUUGCAACAGCUCCAUCCCAUGGGAUAUAGGAAUUUCUGAUCUGGUGAGGAUUUAUUAAAGUGGCAUCCAAGUGUUAUAAUUGUGCAAUGUGAAUACACCACUAAUCAACUGUGCCCAUUGGAAUGAGAAGUGGAAACCAUCUUUUACUUUUUAAAAAUUUGUUUUGCUAAAUUUUGUGCUUUUUUUGAUAUGUGAAGAGAUGGCGUCCAGAUUCAUUUUGUAACAAAAGUAGUCUUACAUGCAAAAUUUGUCCCCUCUCCCUCCCCAUUAGAACUGUUUGCGAAACAUGUAUAUGUUCUGUACACAGUCAGUGUAAUAAAAAUAUUUGCUCACUAAA